AAAAAGAAGGUACUGAGGGCACAAGAUAGCACUCCACGAAGGAGAAGCAGGAGGUUGCAGAGCGUUGUGUUCAGGAUGAAAAACAAGCUGCGUGGGGGGCCUAAGAGAAUUGAUCUUGUUGGUGACGAAUCAAACCAAAGUGGGGGGGGCAGGAUGGAGAUGAUGCAGAUGGGUGAAAAUAGUGCAUCCCCAUCAAGUAUGGGGAGUGAUGGUGACGCAGAAGGCACUGAUGAGGAGGAUGGGGAUGAUGAGGAUGGAGAAGGCAGUGAUGAGGAAGAGGCAGAUGAUGAUGGUGAAGAAGUUAGUGAUGGUGAUGGAUCAGAAUGUGAUGAUGCACAGGGAUCUGAUGAAGGGGAAUCAGAAGAUUGCGAGGGGGGGAUAAUAGAGAUGAUGAUGAAAUUGCUGAUUCUUGAAGAAGAAGGUGGGGGUGAAUCCGAGAUGGAGAGCACGCGUGAGAUGCAGAAGAGCAAUGAGGUGAACGAAGAGAUGACGGCAGCGAACAUCACUCAUGCAGAUCCUCACAACACCCCGAACAUGGCUGUUCCUCAUGACACCCCGAACAUGGAACUUGAGCAGAACAAAGAGACAGAGCAGAAUGAAGAGAUAAUUGGUGCAAAUUGUGAUGCAGUGCGAAACAAUCAAGAUUUGAACAAUGAGAUGGAGGUGACGGUUGAAGAGAGAAGAGAUGAAGAAAAUGUUGGGCUGAAAAGGAAAAUUGAUGAGGUUGUGCAAUAUGCAAAAGGUGCAAGGGCCAGAAGGAAGACCAAAACAGCUCUGACGUUGAAGUCACCUUACCUAACACGGAUGAUUGAUCCAAGAGAUAAUGUGAACACAUUUGAGAAGAAAUUUUGGAAGUGGGUUGUAAACAAGCAAGAUGCUGACAG